AUGACUAAGCGCACUAAGAAGGUCGGCGUCACGGGUAAGUACGGAACCCGUUACGGUGCUUCGCUCCGUAAGCAGGUCAAGAAGAUCGAAAUCUCCCAGCACGCCACCUACUCUUGCCCUUACUGUGGUAAGGACGCCGUGAAGCGUCAGGCCGUCGGUAUCUGGUCCUGCAAGGGUUGCAAGAAGGUCAUGGCUGGUGGUGCCUGGAACCUCUCUACCACCGCUGCUGCCACCGUCCGCUCCACGAUCCGUCGUCUCCGUGAGUUGGUCGUUGCCUAA